CUAGUUUUCACAACUUCUCCAGCAGCUGUGCAGCGGGACUUCUGUGGCAUUGUACAAUGCCAACCCUCGAAAAAAGAAUCCAAAAUGUAAGUCAUAAUACAAUUUCACGCACCACUUUCUGAAGAAAGCAAAAGUAGGUGUGCAGAUUGUCGAAUAUUAUAAUUGCAACAUUUGUGCGUAACGGAUGCAGCAGCAGCAGCGGAGAAGGAGGCGCGCGGACGGCGGUGCGUAAAAUCGACACUUUCUCCGACGAAAAAAAAAGGAACGGCUACUUUUCGGAAUGCGUGUUCUUUUUCUUUCUUUUGAAACUCCUGUCAAUGUUGGUGGAUGCAUGCUGUGGACGUGCCAUGUUUUGAACGGGUCAGAAAAUAACGGACACCCAGCAGAUGCGAGUGAGUUAUCCUCAAGGCUUUGUACAGCUGAUGAAUCGAAUUAGUCUAGCCUAGCAGACUUUAUGUAAGAAGUAGGACUACACUAUCUCUGGCUACGCGUGUCCACAGUGCACGUCCUAGUUUAUGCAGAAAUACCAUUUUGCACGGAAUCGUAUCAUGUUGGCGACUAGAAGCGACCGUAAAUCGCCGAUUUAGAGCACAGGCCCCAGCAGUCAUCUGAAGGGGCUGCACGGAAACUGACCCCUCGACCAAAGCACGAGAAAUCACUCGAUAUAAACGUGUAUGUUUACAUUGAACAACUAAUAUCUACCUCCCGGCAAGAUGGACGAGCCCGCGGACUCGCCGCCUCCUGUGGACAGUUGCUUAGACAGAGACAGCCUCAACCUCAGCGUCCUAAACUGGGACCAGGUGCAGCGGCUGGACGCCAUACUCACCAGCUCCAUCCCCAUCCACGGGCGAUGGAACUUCCCCACGCUGGAGAUGAAACCGAGGGACAUCGUCAAGGUGGUCCGGUGUCGCAUGGAGGAGAAGCGGAUACAUGUGCGGGAGGUGCGGUUGAACGGCUCCGCCGCCAGCCACGUCCUGCAUGAGGACAGCGGUUUGGGCUGGAAGGACCUGGACUUGAUAUUUUGUGCCGAUCUGAAAGGGGAGUUGGAGUUUCAAAUCGUGAAGGAUAUCGUUCUGGAUGCACUGCUGGACUUUCUGCCGGAAGGAGUGAAUAAGGAGAAGAUCACACCAGUCACCUUAAAGGAGGCCUAUGUCCAGAAGAUGGUGAAGGUGUGCAACGACUCAGACCGCUGGAGCCUCAUCUCCCUCUCCAACAACCGCGGCAAGAACGUGGAGCUCAAGUUCGUCGACUCCCUGCGGCGGCAGUUCGAGUUCAGCGUGGACUCCUUCCAGAUCCGCCUGGACUCCCUGCUGCUCUUCUACGAGUGCUCCGAGCACCCCAUGGCCGCCACCUUCCACCCCACCAUCCUGGGCGAGAGCGUGUACGGCGACUUCCCCGCCGCCCUGGACCACCUGCGCCGGCGGCUCAUCUGCACACGCAGCCCCGAGGAGAUCCGCGGCGGGGGGCUCCUCAAGUACUGCCACCUGCUGGUGCGGGGGUUCCGCGCGGCCUGCGCGGCCGAGAUGAAGCUGCUGCAGCGCUACAUGUGCUCGCGCUUCUUCAUCGACUUCUCGGACAUCGGCGAGCAGCGGCGCAAGCUGGAGUCCUACCUGCAGAACCACUUUGUGGGCCUGGAGGACCGCAAGUACGACUACCUGGCCACGCUGUACGAGGUGGUGCGCGAGAGCACCGUGUGCCUCAUGGGCCACGAGCGGCGGCAGACGCUGAGCCUCAUCUCGUCGCUGGCGCUGCGCGUGCUCGCCGAGCAGAACGCCAUCCCCAACGCGGCCAACGUCACCUGCUUCUACCAGCCGGCGCCGUACGUGGCCGACGGCAACUUCAGCAACUACUACGUGGCGCAGGUGCAGCCGGUGUACUCGUGUCCGCCCUCGCCGUCACGCCACUACCACCCGCCGCCGUAUCACCCCGUGUACCAGCAGGCCACCUGGCUGCCCUGCAACUAAAAAAAAAAGGCCAAAAAUGUUGUUCGUCCCGUGUUCUGCUUGUGCUGCCGUCGCUGCUGCUGCUGCUGCUGCUCGCCGCUGCCGCUGUUGCCGUCGUUGUCCAUGGUGGCUCCCCCUGACGUUUUUGCGAUGAUGAGGAAGAGUUUCUUUCUCUGAGGAGUUCCGGGGGGAAAUGGGAGAACGGAGGAUGGAAAGGGGAGACAAUGCAUCAAGGUCCCCCCGACGCGGAGAAAGGCUUUUCUCCCCGGGGGGGGGAAGGGGGAUUGUUGUCAGAGUGGGUGGUGGGAGCGCGAGUGUCAGAUAUUGCCCUCAGUCCGGUGAACAUGAUAAUGACCCUCAUAGCCUCGUUCGUAUUCAAUACACAGUGUUGCAGAAUGUCUGAGCUAACAGCAAUACCGGACACGGUGGUUUUCAAUCUAUGCUGAAAACCAAGACUUAAGAUUUUGUACAAAGAGCGCAUCAAAAAACCAAUCUACGGUCGACGAUCACAGCGAUCCAGCGAGGUCGAUUGCGAACCACGAGUGGAAAUAGAGAAGUGGGAGGCACUCUACAUGAGAAGAGGAACCGCCCCCCCCCCCCGCAGCAGACGGACAUUGUCGGCCAUGUUUAUCCGAUGUCAUCGCAACGGACAAAAGCACGCUUCAUCACUGUACAGAAAUAACUUUCUCUUGAGGAAAAAAGUGCCUAGAUAAAAAAAAAGAAAUCCUACAGGGAAGAGAUAUUUUGUUAUUCCUGUUUUUUUUAGAGGACUAUAGAGCUGUUUUAGGGGCCGAUCUCACCGAACGCUUUUUUGUAAUAGCUGGGGCGGGGCUGUAUAGUCUUUGUCCCCCUUGGUUCUCAUUGUUCUCAUUGAACCAAGCACGGUUCCCAAUGAGAACAAUGGCUAAGUGUCUCACUGUUUUCUAAUACGAGCUACACGCUUUUUUGGCCGCGCGCAGCUGCACGCAUCCCAAAUUGAAAACAUUUAAACUCUGGAGCCCGUCCUCAUUGUAGGUUUCGGGGUGUACAUGUUUCCUGGUUUCCUUGCAACAGUAAAGAGGUACAUCUUCCUGCUGUACAUUUUCUAGGCUAAUUCUAACAAAUGCAGUGCAGUACGCCUUGUGUUUCACAGCCUGCAAAGUUUUUUUUUCGGUGGGCUCAGCUCCUAAGGGACCUGUGUGGGCUAUGCUGUUAAUGAAUGUAUUUUGGACCAAAGAGUGUCAAUACUGAGAUAGAUCUCUUAUACUAAGGGUAAAGGCUUAAGGAGCAACCGAGUAGAUCCGGACCAAUGCAAAACCAGCUGGAAGGGCAGGGAGGUUGAUGAGUGAGUGUGUGUGUGUGUGUGUGUGUGUGUGUGUGUGUGUGUGUGUGUGUGUGUGUGUGUGUGUGUGUGUGUGUGUGUGUGUGUGUGUGUGUGUGUGUGUGUGUGUGUGUGUGUGUGUGACGUGUGUGUGUGUGGGUGUGUGGGAGAUAAGAACGAAGAAGGACAAAAAGGAGAGGGAGGUGAGAGACUUGCCAAACCCCGCAACACACAUCACCAGAGUUGGUCUCCAUGGUUAUGUGGCGCUAAUACAAACGGCAUGUUUGUCAGAGGCGUGGAGGUUGCAUUGUGUAUACACACACAGGUAAUGCAUGUCUAAGUAGAUAUUGAUAGGCCUGAAGUGAGGACAUACAACUUGUAGUCAUACAGGCUGGUAUCCCCCCCACCCCCACCCAGAAGAAAACUCUGACGUUGGAACACAAAAGAAAGAUUAGUUCUUUGUGUGUUUUUAACUUGUAUUUUUCUUUGAGAUACGGGGGAUUGGGGCUUGACGAUCGGUUCCCAGCUGGUUGUGCUCUGACUAAACACAGAAAAGUAAUGUCCAUUUGUGGAAAUAGAGAUAAGGAUAAUCGCAGUAUAUGCAGGGAAUGGGAUCAAAAAAAUCAAAACCAAGGGUGGACUACAGCAUGUUUCAACUCUUGGAUGGGGAAUUUGAGUUUCAGAAGUUCCUCGAACCAAACCUCUCGUCAGAUAUCCUAUUUUUCUAUUGACCUCUAUUUUUGUACAGUUUGUGUCUGGCCGCGGCCAUAGGGAGACUAGUGAGGUUGAGUUGUCGAGUAUAAAGAGUAUUUUUGUGAGAUUUUCUAUGAUACUACACUGUUGAAGAGCAGUGGCUGCGACUGGGCGUGAUACUUGAUGUGUUUUCAGCUGUGUCAGAUGUUUUUUUUUUUCAUUGCUCAAAAGAGAUUGUGUCACUUUUCUGUUCAGAGGUUUGAAUGCCACACGUGUGGGACCUAAUUAUUACUGGAGAGUAUUGUCUUAAGAUGAAUGGAGUAAUAAUAAUAAAAACACAACCAAACAUUUUCUUUUCUUCUCUUCAAUUCAAUCAACAUGAUAUUAUAUACUAUAGUGCCAGAGAAGAAAGUAUCAUGUCUCCCUGUGAAUAUGCUAGUUUUCUAAAAGAGGGAGAUGACUUUACAUUUAAACAAAACCUCACUUCCCAACUGGGAUUAUUGUAAAAUGGAGGAAGACUGAUAUUUAGCACUAAAUCAGGCCAAUGAGAGAAUAAGAGAGGGAAAAGCAGGCAGACAAAGAGGCUGAGUAAUCCAGGGUUGGCCAUGGCUUUUGACAGGGUGAACGGCCCCAGAUAGCUAACUGCAGGAUCCCAGCAGGCAGGCCUGGCACCGCUAGCUUGUAGCCUGCAAACGUGAUGGAAUCCUCUGUGGCUAUAGCAGCUAGCUAGCCAUUAGCGAUAGGCGAGCUAGCCUCUUGCGACCAGACCAUGUCAGAAAGAUUCUUGGCUUUAUUUUUAUUUUAUUCAUCCAGGUUGAAACACAUUGAGAUAAAAAAAUCGAUUUUGAAAAGGGUAAUCUGGUCACAAGGAUAGUUAGUAGUGCAGCACAGGGGGAAAUUCAACACAAAACAAACAACACAACUUACAACAAUUGGUCAUACUCCAAAGAUACUACAAAGACUAAAAAUCCAGCGCAUUGACAGCAGCUAAUCGCACUCCAUUCCAGGUUCUUAGGAGUCUAUUGAAAACAGUCGUCAGUCCUAAGGUCUUUCUGCCAGGCUUGGCCGUUCAAGGGCCCUACAAAUGCAGUACGGGAACCUUACUGCCGGCCGAGCCUUGUUCCCCCAGAAACACAUGCUGGCAGCCGGACUGUGGCCUGGCUCAACGCUCUGCGUCACUGUAAUGCCAAGACAACCAGGGACCUCCAGAUGUCAUGUCCGACGCCUCCAUUCU